AUGACAGAUAACAAUACUACUACAGAUAUAUUAAAGAAUAAAGAAGAAGAGGAAGAGAAAAAGGAGGAAGAGGAGGUUAAAGACAUAGAUGAGGAGGAUGAAGAAGAUGAAGAUGAAGAGGAAGAAGAAGAGUCUAAAACCGUCGACAAGUUUGUAGUUGAAGAACACCCACAUAUACUUGAUCUUACAGGACAUCCUCAUACCUACAUAGGUGAAGGUUACUCUUUACCAGAUACUUUAACUGACAUUGAUUUAACAAAUGAUAAAAUACCAAAGAUUGAAAAUAUUAAUCAUUUGGUACAAUUAAAGAAAUUAUGUUUAAGACAAAAUAUGAUUCAAGUGAUUGAGAAUGUUGAUACAUUGGUAUCAUUGGUUGAACUUGAUCUUUACGAUAAUCAAAUCAAAAAGAUUGAAAACAUUAACAACUUGCCAAACCUUACCUAUUUGGAUAUAUCAUUUAAUGAACUUCGUGUCAUUGAAAACUUGACUUCCAAACAAUUACCAAUCCUCAAAGAACUCUAUCUUGCAAACAACAAAAUUUCAGAAAUGGAAAACCUUUCAGAAUUAACUGGAAUUAAAUGUUUAGAAUUAGGUUCAAAUAGAUUUAGAGAAAUUAAAAAUUUAAAUGAAUUGAUAAAUGUUGAAACAUUAUGGUUGGGACGUAACAAGAUUACAACUAUUUCAAAUAUUAAUCAUAUGGCAAAUCUUAGAAUAUUGUCAUUACAAAGUAAUAGAUUAACAGAGAUUGGUCCAGGUUUGGCUGGGUUAACCAAACUUACCGAACUUUAUCUUUCACAUAAUGGUAUCACCAAUGUCGAUGGAUUACAAACUCUAACAUCACUUCAAAUACUUGAUAUCUCUGCCAAUCAAGUUCAAACAUUGGUUGGAAUUGAUAAAUUAAUUAAUCUUGAAGAAUUAUGGUGUAAUGAUAAUCUUGUUGAAGAUAUGGAUAUGAUUGAACAACAAAUUAACAAAAAUGUAACAUGUCUUUAUUUUGAACGUAAUCCAGUUGCCAAACAUCAACAAUAUCGUAGAAUAUUUAUCAAUAUUUUCCCAAAACUUAAACAACUUGAUGCUACCUAUGUUAAAAGAAAUUAA